CGCUGUGUCUCAGCAUCCCUGUUUGCCUCUGGACCAUAGGGGUGCUCUCAGGCAGCCCACAGGUGAACCAGGAAAGAGGACAGCAUCUUCUGGUUUCAGCAAGAAAGAGGUAAGGAAUUUGCAAACAAGAAGCCCAAUAUUGGAGCCUCUCCGUGCAAUGAUGUGGCGCAGUGUUUGGAAGGUGGGGAAACUUGAGAGACCUUCAGCAGUUACAGAUACAUCCAUGAAAAUUAACCAAAUAAUGUUAUGGGUGCCAAAGGACAAAGUGGCCCAGGAAGAUGGAAAGAGGCGCUCAAUUGCAAGGACACCCACUGGGAUGGAGAUGAGCCAGGCCACGCAGGGACAGCAGUCAGCUCCCAGUGCCGCUGCCCAGCCUGCAAAGCCUCUCCCUCCUUCCAAGUCUUUCAGCAGUGCACAGGUUGCUAAGCAGAAAGAAGCACGUGCAGAUGACCUGCCUGAUGUGCAACCCAAGGGGAAAACCACGUCACAACCUCGCCUGCUAAAGUGCCUCCCCCCUCCUCCCCAGCCCCUCGCUCCUAAUGCAAUGCAAGAUGGAAGCACGGGUUUAUUUUUACAGCCCUGUCCCCACCUCCCCCAAAGUCAGAUGCUGCGGCUAAUUCGGAUGGAGAAUUUCAAUUGCCUGGAAAAUGAAGGUGCUGAAAACCGAACAGCAUCCGCAGGAGUUUUAGUCCCAAAUGCCUGUCACGGCACUAAAAAAAUCAGGUCACCCAAGAGCGCACAUUCUCCAUGCGGAGGGCUCUGCUCUAUCUGCUUCUGCCGCCUUCCAGCCUGUGCCAGUCAGUGACCCAGCAAUGCCACAGCCGCUUGAGGUGGGCUGUGACAGUCCUGGCCCCAUGAGUUUCUACUGCAGGGAAGCCUAGGGCUGUUACCUGCCCUUCCCGUGACAUACUCUGGCUUGGAGGACUGGAGUGGCUCUCCAGCCAGCUCCCAGGAGGGUGGAGGAGCCCACGGAAAAAAUAAGUAUAAAGAUAAAAUUAAAAAAUUAAAAUAAGGGAAAAAAAGAAAAUAAAAAUAAGAAUAAAUAUAAAAAUGAAAAUGAAAAUGAAAUAAACAAUAACAAAAAUUUUAAAAAUAAAAGAAAAAUGAGUAAAAAGUUAAAAAGAAAAUAAAAAUAAAAAAUAAAAUAACGAUAAAAAUAAAUAAAAUAAAAAUAAAUAAAUAGAUAAAAUUAAUAAAAAUAAAAAUAGAUUAACACUGCUAUAAAAACUAGCCGAGUAUAACACUUGGUUUAUUGAUGCUGUGAAGAAACGGACCGAGCACUGGCGCACUGCUGGUGCCAUCCACCCUCCCGCAGGGAGGAGGGCUGGAUACACCCCUUGUAUCAAAUCCCCGCCGAACCACCGGGAAAGCCGGAGGACGACAUUUACGUCCUGUACCCCAAAAGCCACCCUCCCGCGCCCUCUCAACGGUGUGCCUGCCCCUUUAAAUUCCGACGGCGGAGCCAGGGAAUCCCUCUCGCAGCGCGUCAUCCGCGGCAAGGAAACCCGCGCUCGCGUCGUGCCACGCAAAUGACCAUUUUUGGCAAAGUGCGACAACGGACGGGACCAAGUGGGGCGGGGGGAGGCGGGACCUGACGGGAAGACGGCGCCGCGCGGCCUCCGCCGCUCCGCCCCCCCCCCCCCCCCGCCCGGACCUGCGGAGCGCCGGUCUGGGCGGGGGGGGGGCGGAGCGGUGGAGGCGGCGGGGCGGAGGCGGGCGCGAUCUCCCGCUCCCGUCCCGCCCCCCCCCCCCCCC